GGGCAAUGAACUCUCUGUUCCCCAGGUAGACACUCCUCCACCCCCCUGUUCUGUCCCAGAGCCUUUAUAUGCAGAGGCACCACCUGUGCUCGGUCUCGGACAGCUUCUGUUCACACUGGUGUUGUCUCCAUCCCUGCCAAAGCUGCCUAGCUGCCAGCUGCCAGUCAUGAGAAUCCUCUUCUUCCUCGUUGCUGUUCUCUUCUUCCUCUUCCAGGCUGCUCCAGCCUACAGCCAGGAAGCCGCUGACACCCUGGCCUGCAGGCAGAGCCGGGGCUUCUGCUCCUUCGUGCCCUGCUCUGCUCCUUUGGUUGACAUGGGGACCUGCCGCGAUGGGAAGCUAAAAUGCUGCAAAUGGACCCCCAGCUCCUAAAUCUGACACCUCACUGACACCACUCAGACAAGAGCUCUGGACAUCUGGGACAUCUCCCAUCUCUGGACAUUGAUGGAUCCUCUCCUCAGUGCCCUGGGGAGUCUUUCCCAUGGGGGUGGAGGCCCUCAGGAGCACAAGAACAUCUGAGGAGGAGUUCUUGUCCAAUAAAGAUAUUUGCAGUUUCAAUUUUAAUAAAAGCAAGUACUUGUGAAA